AUGGCGGCUGAGAUGGCCUCCCUUAAACUACAGCUUGCACGCCUUACUUCCAGUCGCUCACGCAGCCGUCGUCGUUCUCGUUCGCGACCGCGGAAUGCUGAUACUUGUUGGUAUCACACUAAUUUCGGCGAGAAGACCCGUCGUUGUUCCCCACCAUUUUCUUUUAAGUUGAAACAGGGAAACCGAUCAGCCAGAGAAAAGACGCGACCGUUAUUUCUGGCUCUUCCGGCUCUGGUCGCACCUUCUAUGUAUGUAUGUUUGCGACACCGCGACUCGCAGACGUUUCCUUGUGGACACUGGAGUCCAAAUCAGCGUUGUUCCCCAACUCCAGCUGAUCGUCGCUUCCCCAGCCCUGGUCUUCACCUCCAAGCUGCCAACUGUUCCCACAUUCCCACUUUGGCAGUCUGUCCCUCACCCUGAACAUUAGCCUUUGUCGGUCGUUCACCUGGAUCUUUGUGAUUGCUGAUGUUCCUCAUGCGAUUUUCGGCUCGGACUUUCUUUCCGAGUUCGAUCUCCUUGUUGACUGCCGACGUGCCCGUCUCCUCGACCGCAUAACCGGUCUGUCUGUUCGUGGGCUAACUCCCUUUACUGCCCCCACCAACGUAUCUGCCCUGGAUACAAAUAUUUCUAGCUUCUUCCGAGAACUGCUUCUUAGACAUCCCAAUAUAAGCAAACCCCAGUUUCGCAGCGGUGAGGUCCAACAUGAUUUUGUGCACCAUCUCCGCACCUCAGGUCCUCCCGUGUUUGUUCGGCCGAGAAAACUAGCACCGGAGCGUUUCCAGACCGCGAAGGCGGAGUUUGAACACAUGCUGCAACUGGGAAUAAUUCGACCGUCCGAGAGCCCUUGGGCAUCCUCAAUGCACAUGGUGCCUAAGGCGACAUCAUGCGACUGGGGACCUUGUGGCGACUAUCGUGCCCUCAAAAGCGCCACCAUUCCUGUGUCUCAUCUUCAGGAUUUUGCUAGAGCCCUUUUCGGCAAAGCGGUUCUCUCGAAGAUUGAUCUGCUACGGGCUUUUCAUCAGAUUCCAGUCGCCCCUAAGAACAUCCCUAAAACUGCCUUCACCACACCCUUCGGUCCCCUCGAGUUCAUGCGCAUGCCAUUCGGUCUUCGUAAUGCCGCCCAAACGUUCCAGAGGUUCAUCGACCAUGUCUUACGUAGCCUAUCCUUUGUGUACGCCUACACUGAUGACCAUUUGGCGGCCAGCCGGAAUGAGCAUCAUGUUUUGGUGUUUGACCGCCUUGACAUGUUUGGCGUUGUCAUCAACCCCUCCAAGUGCGUGUUAGAUGUGCCUUCGCUCGAGUUCCUCGGCCAUCAUGUCGACUUUGAGGGUUUGCGUCCCCCCUCCAAGUUUGAAGCAAUUCGUAAUUUCCCUCCACCAACUCCCAAGCGUCGGUUGCAGCGAUUCCACGACAUGGUCAAUUUUUACCGCCGGUGCCUACCGAACUGCGCUGACCUCAUGCUGCCGCUCACCAACGUGCUUUCUGGUUUUGAAGAAGGAGACACGAUCGCUGGAUCAAGAACUUUAUUAGCCCGACGUUUCGGAUUCUUGCUCCAAACCAUCAUCAGAGACAAAUGCAGAUACAGGUGGUUCAUGCACACGGGGUUGGAGUUGGUCACAGAUGGGGGAGCAACCAUCAGACGUCAGGUAAUGAAACCGAAGGACCCGCUGACACGGAAAAAAACGUCUGGGGUCGUUUAUCAGAUUUGAUGCAGUUGCGGACAAAGCAACUACAUCGGAGAAACCUGAAGACAGUUCCGAACGCGAAUGGCCGAACACACUGCAGCGGUGCGGAUAAAUGACGCCAGCUCUCAAGUUGCAGCUCAUUCGAAGAGAUCCGACGACACAUUCAAAUUCGACGAGGUCGAAAUUCUCACAAGAGUUGACAACCGCAUGAGCCGGGAGCUGCUUUAGUCAUGGUUUACUGACACGCAGUCCAUUAACGAGUGCAAUGACCUUCUCCUUCCAUACUCGGUGCUGAGACUUCUCCUAGGCGGAGUAAUUCGAUACGCGGGAAGCGCACAGGUGAACACUUUCCCCAGCGCCAGGGUCGGUGGAUCAGAUGGUCGGGCAACCAUCACACCAGCAUCUAACACACGUGAUGAAAUUUCAGCAAUUAACGCCGCGAAUGUCGGCCAUCAAACAGUCAUAGCACCAAGUGCAACGAUCACUAAUGAAAGGGGGAGCUGUGAAUAUUCAUAUGUGUGCGGUAGAAUGGCGACUGCAUCCUAUGAAUACUGCAGCCCCUUGUGCAUGAACCACCCGCAUCUGCUUUCGUCUCUGAUGAUGGGUCUGAGCAGGAAUCGGAAACGUCAGGCUAAUAAAACUCGUGUUCCGGCAAUCGUGUCUCCUUCUUCAAGACUGCUUCCUGGGAAUCGUCAUUUCGCUUCUAUUGGCAAUGCGUUCUGGUCCCAAAGAUCUCCUCGAGCUGACUGGUGAAGCACUGACUGCUUUUGAGAGAAUCAAGAAUUCCCUUGCCGACGCCACUUUUCUCACGCAUCCCACCCCCGAAGCUCAGAUGUCCCUGAUGGUAGAUGCGUCGACCGUAGCCGUGGGUGCAGUCCUUCAACAACACCUUGCUGGUUCGAUUCGACCACUUGCCUUUUUCUCCAAAGAGCUCUUACCAACUGAGACAUGCUACAGUACCUUUGGCCGUGAACUACUUGCCAUUUACCUGACUGUGAAGCAUUUCCGGCAUUUCCUUGAAGGUUGCGACUUCACUGUUUCCACGGACCACAAACCGUUGACUUUGCACUUCGGUCCCACUCCGACAAGUACAAUCCGAAGGAAAUCGCCCACCUGGACUGCAUCUCCCAAUUCACAACCGAAAUCCGCCACAUUGAUGGCUCGAAGAAUGAGGUGGCUGAUAUGCUGUCCAGACCCUCACUGUCUUUCCACCAACUCUCACACGGGAUCGAUCUUUGUGCCAUGGCGGCUGAGCAACAGCGAGUCGGUUGUCCUGGCGAUGAGUCCGUUAGUGGUCUCCAACUCAAAGACGUUCCUCUGACCACCGGCUCUGGUACCAUACUUUGUGAUGUCUCGACUCUUUUUUAUCGUCCUUUCGCGCCCGCCUCGAUGCGUCGAGCUGUAUUUCAAACUCUGCAUGGAUUCUCUCACCCUGGGAUCCGAGCCUCUCAAAAGCUCCUCGCGGGAAGGUUUGUCUGGACUGGCAUGGACAAGGAAGUCAAAGCUUGGGCCCGAUCGUGUCUGAAUUGCCAGCGCAACAAGGUGCAACGUCACAACAAGUCCCCACUAGGCACCUUCCACAGCCCCGACACACGAUUCAGUUAUGUGUACCUGGAUGUCGUAGGUUCCUUGCCACCAUCCAAUGGUUUCACCCAACUCCUUACCUGUGUCGAUCGGUACAUCCGCUGGCUGAAGCCAUUACUUUGCCGAAUGCAGAGACUGAAACAAUCGUGAAGGCCUUUGUCAGUCGUUGGGUCGCUAUGUUCGGUGCCCCAUCCACGGUUACGACUGAUCAUGGUACCUAGUUUGAGUCUGCACUAUUCCAAACGCUACUCAAUUUUCUUAGCGGCACACGCAUUCGGACGACAGCCUACCACCCAGCUGCCAACGGUAUGGCUGAGCGUUUCCAUCGCCAGCUAAAGACCACCCUGCGUGCCGUAGAAAGCCCAGGAAACUGGUUAGACAACCUUCGUCUUACACUCCUCGGCAUCCGCGCAGCUCUGAAGUCGGAUCUGGACUGUGGCGCUGCUGUAUUGGUCUUCGGCACUACCCUCCGACUGCCAGGCGAGAUGGCCCCCCCCGACCUCUCGAGGGGCCGACGAGACUCCUGA